CGGUACAAUUAUAUACCAAUUUUACUACAUGUAUAUUCGAUCAUAGGUUUACACGGCUGGCUGUCGUUCUGACAGCCGUCUAUCUUACACAAUGACGCCCCAUAAUGAUCCUACCAUCACCGCCACCGCCAUGCUGCUCAUCGCAGCCCUCGUUACUACCGUCGGUGCGGCCGCCUACGAGAACUUAGCUAUACUAAACCAUGCGGCUCUAUUCCCUCAAUCCACCGGUGUCUACAACCCCGGCCUCGGACCCCGCCAAUUCGUAGACGGCAUGCCCGCGAUCCCCGCGUUGCCGCUGUUUCCCGGCAAUGCCAAGCGUCAGGAUCAGGUCGCGCAAUGCUCGACAGGCAACCACAACUGUCUAGAGCUCGGCCCCAUAGGUGCGCUGUGGUGUUGCAGCAACGACAACUACUGUUUCCUGGAUCAGAACUGGGAGCCAAAAUGCUGCGGCCUGGGAGUGUCGUGCGGCUCGCCGUGCGCUGAAGACUUGUUAUAUUGCAACGGCACCGCAACCGUAGCUACGACAGUCGCAACAUCGCCCACGACGACUGUCUUGGAGCAGACUAGCGUAACCCCUGCGUGCUGCGGACGAGCAUGCGGCAGCACUUCCUUCCUCUGCCAGGGGGGCUUUGGCGGCCAGUGUUGCCCGUUCGGGGCGAGCUGCGGCUCCGACAGUAAAUGCUUAUACCCUCCUACAUCAUCUAAAUCUCAAAUUACUCCCGUCUCAUCAGGCUGCAUCGCCUGUUCCACAGGCGGCGGGUGUUGCGAUGUUGGCAGCACCUGCACAUCAAGCUUAGUCUCUGCAACGUCGACGGCGCAACUCUGCGCAGCUAACCUGACCGUUGUUAGCAACAACGAGGGGCUCUCGGAGGGUGCCAGAGUUGGUAUAGGGGUCGGUGUCGCCGUAGGCGCAUCGCUUAUCAUCGGCGGCGUGACAUGGUUCUGGAUUCACCGCCGGCGCGUGUCUAAAUCGCGCCGCGACGGUGGGACGCUGGUGGGAUCCGGGCGUGACGAGCUGGAUCUUACGGGACCCUUUAUCCCUCCAGGUGCUGCCAUGUCAGAUAUAACGAGCCCGUCAAGUAGGACGGGCAUGAGGCCACGGCUGCACGAAGACGGGCUUGCGUACCCCUAUUUUGGAGCUGAUGCCGUCCCCGGGCCUUAUACGGAGCGCGAGGAUAACAGCACCCCCAGCAGGGCUCAAGGCAUCGAGUCCAGGUCAAGUCCCGGGUUCCCUGACCAAACCGCAAGGGCUGCUAACCGUUACCCGGACGCUCCGGGGGAUAUCGUCCGGCCGGUUGAGCUUGCUUCGCAGAGGGAAACGCAGGUGGAACUAGGUGACGACGGAUCGAGUAUUUCAGAAAAUGUUUCUGUUGCGGGUGGUGCUGCGGCGGCCAAAGAAGAGAAACAGGAGGCGUAUGAGCUUUAUGGGAGUCCCGUAACCUCACCAGUACCGACGACUUUUGAAGAAGCAGAGCGGCAUAGAGCUCAGGAGCCCUCUCCGCCGGUCCCAAGUCAGAAAGCAGAGAAGAGUGGGCAUGAAUGAGUAAUUGAUGAAAUAUGAUGGACGUUUGGUAUAUUACCCCUAAUCCUAACUGUAACGAGUAUCUAACAUAUGAACUUAAUCUGAAUGAAUACGACUGGAUACCCUUCAGUCUGCGGACAAACGCCUCACCUUACCUUCCUUACCUUUACCCCUAACGCCGAGCGUAAACACUGUGCGAUUGCAC